AUGGAAAUCCAAGGAAUGGGAAGAGAUUUAAAAGAAAUUAUACUGAAAUGCUACUCAAGAGGCUUAUACUCUAUACCAUUCUUAAGUGAAAACGACAUACAAAAUCUAGCCAAAGAGGUCUGUAGAGAAAUGGAAGUUCCAGGUGAAAUUUCAGUGCAAAUUGUCAAUGGACUCAAAAGUGAAAAUAUUUCUCUUGAGCAGUUUAGCCAAACUUCCUGCCAAGUUUUAGAAGCUCAUUUAAAAAAUUUACAAAAAGUGCUGGAGUCUUAUUUCAUUGAUAAUAAUUUGAAGAAUAAUGGGAAACUUUUAUCUAUGAUCAACAAAAAUCCACAAGGGUUUGUGUCAUUGCUUUAUUUUUUGAGUCACAAAAAUAUUAAAAAUAUGACAACGUCAGUGUCUACCUUAGCUCUUGCCCUUAAAGACUCUAAAACUCUUGAACUCUCCGCAGAUAUAUCUAUAAUAAAAGCGAUAUCAGGCAAGCAGCAAAGAGAAGUUCAUAGCUUUUUGGUCUGAUCCAAAGAGUUUUGGAAGUCUUAGGAUUUAUCCUCUCACAUAGGAAGGUGACCCUUAGGCUGAGCACGCGCACAAGCUGAGUCGCAUGUGAUGUUAACGCUCCGAGCUAUACAUGCAACCCAGACAGAUGGGGUCUUGCUUUGGAAGCCUAUCCAUAUGAUGCACCAUUUUUAAGUAAUAAGAUGGUCCUGGACAUCACUUAUUGCCAGUCAAGUCCAUCUUUUUUGAGUGGCUUUUUAACACUAUAAACGCUUAAUACCUUCUAAGCUUGCCCUCAGAUAAAUCUAAUGUUAAAAGAAUUGCUCCACUCCCUGAACCUCAAGGACUUCAGUCAAGCUUCUAUCAUUUAGAUACGAGCCAAACUAUUUUAUCAUACAAGCCAUCUACAGAUGUCAGUAUUUUUGAGCCUUUAAAUUCACUUCCACAUCCCUAUAAAGGUGAACAAAUCCAAAUUGCCAGCAAUUUAUCAACACUUUGCUAUUAUAAAGAAAGCAUAUUAUACAAAUUUGAGCUGCCAAGUCUAAAAGCAUCUUAUACUCAGAGUAUUAAAAAUAUUACAACUAUUGAUAUAAGACAAGAUUCCAAUAUUUUAAUAUACGCUGUUGAGAAAAAAGAGAUUAUAAUUGUAGACCUCGCUAACUUCACAAUAUUAUUUUCUUAUAAUGUUGUGGAUGGGACAGUAGAAGGAAUUGUGUGGCAUCCUACUGAGCAAAAUAUGUUUGCAAGUCACUCUGCGUCUGAAGUUACAGUCAUGAUUUGGAAAAAUUCAUUUUCCCUUAAUGCUCCUGAUUGGUUUAAAGUCCUUUCUUUUGGAGCUAAAAUUCUCAGUAUUGCUCUAGCUCCUAAUAAUCCAGAUUUAUUAGCUGUAGCUUUAGGCCAAGGAAAAGUCCUGGUUGUCACUAUAAGUGACGAAAACACUAUUUUCAAUACAAAUCCUCACACUUAUAACACAAUGAUGUAUUCUCCUAAUAUCACCGUUAAUUUUUUGACUAAUACUUAUUUGUUAACAUCAGGCAGAUCACAAAAUGAAUUUUGUAUAUUCAGCAUUGAGAAUCAGACGAAAUUGCAUACUUUGGCAAUACAAUCAAUGACACACAAAAAAAUAUCUGUGAUAGGGAAAUCGAUUUUAAUAGCAGGAAUUAAUGAUCCGUUCAUAAGUCUUGUAAAUAUUUCAGAAAUCAAUGACUGCUUGAUGUUCUCGUCUAUCAUUGACUAUAAACUUAGCUCAAAUAUAGCAAUAGCUGCUUUAUCAGGCUCAAAUCGGUUUUCAGUAAUAAAUAGAACGGGCAUUUCUGUCUAUUCAUUAUUAGGAGAAGAAGAGGAAUCAAAAGCUAUAAUAGUCCCUCAGCCAGAACAGCCAAUUGAAAAAGAACCAGACGAAAACUCAAUGAUUGACAAAAUGUGUGACAUUGUCCAGCUGAAAAUGAAUAAAGUUUCAGACAAAAUAAACAAUUUAAGCAAACUGCUUUGGGUAAAAACUCCUAUUCAAGACUGAAGCAACAGCAUUUUCGAAGAAAACCUCAAAAACACCACAAAAGUUGUAAAAACUAAAACCAAAGAAGCUUCAGACUCAACAGUAACCCCAGCUUUCCAAAGCUCAGUCAAUGAAAUUUUGCUUCAAGUCACCCAAAAUUUCGAUGCUGGAAUAAAAGAUUUCAAUGAAAAAGACUCAAAUUUAUUACACGAAUUAGAAAUAAUUAAUAGAGAAUACGAAGGCAAGCUCACACUUUUUGACGACAUUAUUAAGAUUUUUACAGAAAGCUGCAACAAGCAUAUGAAUCAGCUAAAAGAGUGUGAAGAAACGAUGAAUCAAAGAGUAAUUGCUUUGGGCGGAGAAAAGAAGACAGUAAGGAUCCAAGAAGAAGUCAACGUUCUCCUUGCCAAAGGCGAAUUUGAAGAAGCUGUAUUAAAAGUUAUCAAAAACCCCAAAGACUUAUAUGCAGUUUUAAAAGUGAUGAACCCAAGACCUCUGCUUGCUUCACAAAAACUAACCAAAUCUACAGUCCAAAAAAUCAUAAAUCAAAUAGAAACAUUGCCACCUUUAGACGGCCAGCUCCCUGAAAAGCAAACGUGGUUGGAGUCUCUUUCUUAUUAUAGGCAUAAUUAG